UCUUCUCCCCUGUCUGCUUCUGUGGACUGUGGAUGUGCUCACUGCUUAGUUUGGUGGGUUCUGCUCACCAAUCUCGCUCGCAGUAUACGAAGCCUCCAUAGUCCAUCAUCCUACUGCACUCGGAGACCACGGACUUGGAAUACCACCCUCGCCCACAGUCCCACACCAGGAACCAUGAGGACCAUCAUGGCGAAGAGCCCCCACGACUCCUCCUUCUCCCGGAGGAACUUCAAGUGGCCGGUUCUUGUCAAGAGCAGCAGCCAUGGCGCCGCAGCCGGCGGCGGGGAGGACAGCUCCGGCAAGGGCGCGGAGGACGCCGACGAGGACGAGGCGACCAUGGCGUUCUCCUCCAGCUGCCCGUCGUUCCACUCGGAGGACUUCGUAUCCCCGCCGCCCAAUCCCAAGGCGCCACCUCCACCGAAGCAGCGGGGCAAGAGGUGCCGCGCGGCGGUCUCCCGGCUGCGCGCGGCGCUUGCCGCGGCCAUCGCCGGACGGCACCGACAGGUCGGGCUCGGAGCGCGGAUCACGGGCACGCUCUACGGCCGCCGCCGCGGCCACGUGCACCUCGCGUUCCAGGUGGACCCGCGCGCGUGCCCCGCGCUGCUGCUCGAGCUCGCCGCGCCCACGGCGUCGCUGGUGCGCGAGAUGGCCUCGGGCCUCGUCCGCAUCGCGCUAGAGUGCGACCGCGCCAAGGGCGCCUGCGCCUUCCCGAGCGCCGCGGCCGCAACCAAUGGCGGCGCCGGUGGGUGCAGGAAGCUGGUCGAGGAGAAGGCGUGGCGCGCGUACUGCAACGGCAAGGGCUGCGGGUACGCGGUGCGGCGCGAGUGCGGUGCCGCAGACCUGCGCGUGCUGCGCGCGCUGGAGCCCGUCUCUAUGGGCGCGGGCGUCAUACCGGCGGCGUGCGGUGGCGGCGAGGGGGACGUCAUGUACAUGCGCGCUCGCUUUGAGCGCGUCGUGGGCUCCCGCGACUCGGAGGCAUUCUACAUGAUGAACCCUGACAGCAGCACCGGCGGCAAUGGCGGCCCGGAGCUUAGCAUCUACCUCCUUAGAGUUUGAUUGCACAUUUAACUUCGCGGCGCAUGCGUCAGACACCGUGAUCUUGCAUGCUAACCUGCUGUCUUUCUAGUACAUUUGAUUUCUUCGUGCUUAUUAUUGCUCUGGUGGUUGUGAAAAAUGCUUGUCAGUUUAGACUGCAGAACGAAAC